CGGGACCCCGUUCAGGGACUGAGCGGUAGAAAAUGAAUUAAUGAAUGCGUGUCACCCAUAACCGUGAGGAAGGUUUGUUGUUUUAACAAAGUAUUCAUACCAGCAACAUUGAUACAACCAGGAUGGCGAGCACAUCUACCAAGCAAAUCUCCUAUGAAGAUCUGAAAGCCCUUGUGGGAAAGAGCCAAAAUCUCUUUCUGUUUGAUGUCCGCACUAAGGAGGAAGUGGAUGAAGGACAUAUUCCAGGAUCAGUUCAUAUCCCAGUUGAUACAGUAGGCACUGCUCUUGAAAUGAAUCCAGAAGAAUUCUUGGCCAAGUAUGGGGUAACCAAGCCACCACUAGAUGCACCAGAGUUGGUGUUCUACUGCCGAAUUGGAAGACGAAGCGAAAUGGCCACGAACAAGGCCCAUUCUCUAGGAUAUGUUAAUGCACGUAAUUAUACUGGAGGAUAUACACAGUGGUCCCAGAAAGAGGGAAAGUGAUUGAUGUUAAAGGAAAGCCUUAUAUAUUUAAACAAAUAGCAACUCUGAAAGCUCUGUAGACAAAAUUGUUUAUCCUUUGAUACUGGUUUAUUUUCAUGAAGUACAGCAUUGUAUUUAAAAUGUAUCAAUGGAUACAAAUAAAGUUUAUUUGUUACCCCCA